GAGGCAUACCGAGGGAGGCAUCAACGUGUAUUACACAGUUCUGUGUUCAGUAUCACUGACUGUUAAUCUAUUGUCUGGCCGAAGGACUGGAAAUAAAACUUGAUAUAAAAUAAUUUAAUUGCCAGUAAACAACCUCGGCGAACGACAUAAAUGCUCUUGUUGGCUCAAUUGAUAACAAUACCUGGAACAGCCAAUCGAACAUUCCGUGUGACCAGUGUUAAUAGCCUAGGAUAAUAUUUUUGUUUUUAGGUCGCGUGGCCGGCGGGGUUCGAUAGUUAAUGGAGGGGUCAGAACCAAUAUCUGAUGUCCUCGGUGCCAUUCGUGUCAAAGACUCAAUAGCAGCCAUGGAUGAUAGACCGAGGUUCAAGCGAAUAUAUGGGACGGACAUUGAUCCUGAAAAUACCAGGGAUAACGAAUGGCAAGAACUGAUGGCCAGGCACCGAAUAAAACAACGCCUACAACUGGCCAAGACUCGCCGGAUGUCGAAGAUAAAAGAAAUGGAGAAAACGAUCGCCAGCAGCCUAGCACAUUCCGGAGAAACCUCAUCAUCACCAGAACCAGUCAAAAGGAAGCCCAGCAAAUCCGAACUUUUGGAGGAAUACCGAGCGAUGAAAGGGAAAUCUAUCAACAUGAAACCGUCCCCUGAUAAAUCAGAGGGCGAGGAAGAGGGAUCAAAGUUUGAAACGCAACACCGAAACUCUGACAGCGGCGGAACAGUCACUGCUGAUAUAUCGGAGGGCGAGAAAAAGGAGUCAAGGUUGAAAAUACAAAACGAAAACUCUGACAGCGGUGAAACAAUUAGAACAGACACUGAUGAGAAAUAUGCAAAAGAAAGUCCGAGUACGAGUGAUACGAGACCGGGCACCACCUUCAUUUCCGCUGUUAUUGAAACGCCGAUGACAAGGGUAGAGGAAAAUAAAGGUAGUCUGGGUCAUAGGAGUAAAGGCAGACAACAGGGAGAGGAAACAUCAGCGCACGAAGAGAAUAGCAACGAAAUAGCAAACACUGAGGAUAUCGAUGAGAAAAAUAGCAACGAUGAAGAGGGAAAGUAUAACAAUAUGAAAAAGAGUGAAACGGGUGAGAAUGAAGAGAGAAAAGAAGAAAUAAUGAGAGAAGAUAAAGGCGAGAUUAACGAAAUAAAGAAGCCAAAAGAAAACGGACACGUAGAAAACAACGAAACAGACGACGAAGGGAAGAACUUUUCGGGGGAAGAAAAUGAAAAUGAAGACAGAGUGGAAGAAAUUGAGAAAAUCAAUGAUUCAGGUGUAAACCUUCAUGAAAUUUCCCAGGCCGAGGACUCACCGAAAGUCGAGAAAAAGAGAGUGAAACAAAAAAGGAAAACCAAGGUGAAGUCCAAAACGAAAGAAAAAUCAAAGACAAAAGAGGAAAAGUUGGAAACCAAGGAACAAAACGCUGAAGAGAGUAAGACUAAAGUACACAGCGAACACUCGAACAAGGUACAAGCUCGAUGGAGGAAAACAGCCAAGAAAGCGGUACCUCUCAGUGAGAUGUGCUCAAAACUACGGGAACGGAUAUCUGAGGAGAACGAAAAACAGUUGGACCUUUUGGAAACCAUUCGGAUUCUUAGGGGUAUAUCAAGACAUGAAUUCUACAAGGACUUAUCAAUGGAGGGCUCCGACUCCGAAUCUGACUCUGAAGAAACUACGAAGAAGAUGGAAUCUCCGCAUAGUUCUCAGUUACAGUCCCCAGUGCACAAUGAAGACGGUGAUAACGAAGCGUUACCUGAGGAAGAAGAGGAAAAUGAAAAGGAAGAGGAAGAGCCGCAGCCACCUGUCGUUGUUGUUGAGAAGAGAGAAGAGGUUCACGAGCAGAACCGUAAGAAAAGAUUGAUUUCCAGAGUUGAUUCCCGCUGGCCUGCUGGUCACAAGUAUUAUACAAAACCGGCCGAGCAGAAGUAUCUUUCAAUUUACUUGAAACCGAUCCACAGCAAGAUUCAAACUUCGAAGAUCGACAUCCAUGCUCUUCCAAGGACGGCCAAAGAAAUAACAGAAUAUCUCCAAUGGAGGGAAAAGCUACUUGAAAUUGCGUACUUAAACGAGUUUAGUCAUCUUCGGAAAAUGAGCUUAAUGAGUUUUACGAUGCCUCUUCCUGGAAUUGAACCAAGAACCAGUCCCCCUUUCUCUGUUUCAAGCACGAAUAGAAACUCGUCAAGAUCAACAAGUAGUGCCUCAAAACAUCAUCGGCACGAAAUAACAUUUCAACAGCACAGCAUGUUGACCAUUCGAGGUACCAAGGAAACUAAACGUACAGGUCAAAGUUCAAAGCUUAUACAGGAUCAGCGACAAAUCAAGCGAAAAAUAACCGUGGAAAACAAUAGUAAACUUCAAAAUCCUUAUGUAGUGAAAAAUAAAACAAGACAUAAGAAGCGCAUUAAACAGACACCAUUGGUACAGACACAUAGUAAGGAAAACCAGCAAGAGUUGGACUUUGGAUAUGGGGGUGAAAAUGAGUUAGAAACGUUAAUUUCAAAGAUAACAAAGGACUCGAAACAAGAUGUGGCGGAAGGAAGAAUCAAAAGUCAGAGCACAGAUAGUGCAAUCAACGAACCGAGUUUUAACAGUGACGACGAUGAUUGUGACGUCAUAAAGUCAAACAUAAAAGUCUCCAUAUUUGAGAAGGACAGAUGUCAGAAAAAUGGCACCGUGUCACUACGACAGGAAAGAAAAACAGAAAGCAGAGGAUUCCAGAAAAAGAACUUCGACGCAGAUUUUAUGGAGACGGUACGCUUACUAAGGACCGGUCGGUACCGAUAUAUUCAACAUGUGGAUCCAGUGAAGAGGGCAACCAGGCCCCACCGUCACAACCAGGCCCCACCGUCACACACUUCCCUCAAGUCAAUACUGAGCCUCAAUUCGGAGUUUUGACUUCAAAUUCACGCACUGUUUCUUUUAAGGAUUUGAGUUGAGGACCGGCAAACAGACUAGCUGAUAUUGAUGGAUAAUGUGAUUGACAGUGAUCAUUUGAUUAAACCAUAUGCAAUAUAUUUAAUAGUAAACUAAAUUAUGUUAUUUGUAUGCAAUGCAAUGAAAAUAUUUACAUUUGCAAAUAAGAUUCCUUAUAUGAACCUAUAGAAUAGCGAAAACGUUCAAUUCUGUAUGAACGUUUUCGUGACGUCACAAUAAUAACCACACGCGUCUAUCGCUUGUCGCUUGGAUUAUUGUAAACAUAAAAUCUCGGUUAUUUUAACACUUCUGAACGAUUUGUCAUUUUCAAACGUAAAUAUAAGUAAUAAACAGCAAUGUUAAAAAUUUCACCGGAAUAUGAAGUUGGUUGGUACGUGUUCAAAUCUACUGAGAAGCCCUUCGGAUCUAUCUAUCUAUCUAUCUAUCUAUCUAUCUAUCUAUCUAUCUAUCUAUCUAUCUAUCUAUCUAUCUUGUACGUGCAAAAUCUUAGAUUUAUCAUACAAUAUACCUGAGAUAGGAAAGAAAAGUAGUCGGUCAUUUUAAACGGUAGUUAUUUUUGAAAAUUAUAA